AUGUACUUUGGUCCUGACCGCAGCGAUAUCGUUACGAUUCAGCAACCACGUGCUUUUGGGUCGCGCGUUCGUAGCGCGUUGGAUGCGAGUGCCGCCGCGGUGCGUUUGCGCGACUUGCUGCCGUACUGGUACGCCCUUGCACUACGGCUCGCCAGCUUACUUGACUCGGAUUCCAUGCGCGACUGGCUGUCGAAAACGUACAUGGGACGCCUACCCCGCAUUUACGAGCUCAGCGUCUUGCUAGGCCGUACAACGUCGGUGACAGAGUCUGCAACCACAGGACGAAUUCAAGAUACCAGCCAUCUUUCUUCCGAAAUGCAAGAGUUUAUGCAAGGCCUGGAAGAAGGCGAGACGACGUGUACGUUUAUGCUUACUGAAACGUAG